UAUAUAUUAUUUUAUUCCCAAUAACAGUUUUCUUUCUCCCUACUCCAAAACUCUCAAAGAUCUGACAAGCAAACGAUGGCAGCGGCAAUGGUUCUCGACCCUAAAGCAUCCCCGGCACUGAUGGAUCUAUCUACGGCGGACGAGGAAGAUCUCUAUGGCCGUCUCAAAUCGCUUGAACGGCAACUGGAAUUCACCGAUAUCCAAGAGGAAUACGUGAAAGACGAGCAAAAGAAUCUCAAACGGGAGCUCUCACGGGCACAAGAGGAGGUCAAACGCAUUCAAUCCGUGCCCCUCGUGAUUGGCCAGUUCAUGGAGAUGGUGGAUCAAAACAACGGAAUCGUCGGAUCCACUACUGGCUCCAAUUACUAUGUCCGGAUUCUCAGCACCAUCAACAGGGAGCUCCUCAAGCCUUCCGCUUCCGUAGCCCUUCACCGUCACUCCAACGCCCUCGUUGAUGUCUUGCCCCCUGAGGCCGAUUCUAGCAUCUCCCUACUCAGCCAAUCUGAGAAGCCCGACGUCUCCUACAAUGAUAUUGGAGGAUGCGAUAUUCAGAAACAGGAAAUCCGCGAGGCUGUUGAAUUGCCACUUACCCACCACGAGCUCUACAAACAAAUUGGUAUUGACCCACCACGAGGUGUCCUGCUCUAUGGACCUCCCGGUACUGGAAAGACUAUGUUGGCUAAGGCUGUUGCCAACCACACAACCGCUGCCUUCAUUAGGGUUGUUGGCUCCGAGUUUGUGCAAAAGUAUCUCGGCGAGGGACCUCGUAUGGUUCGUGAUGUCUUCCGUCUAGCUAAAGAGAAUGCCCCAGCUAUCAUCUUCAUUGAUGAGGUAGAUGCCAUCGCUACUGCUAGGUUUGAUGCUCAAACAGGAGCUGAUAGGGAAGUUCAGCGUAUUCUCAUGGAACUGCUUAACCAGAUGGAUGGAUUUGACCAGACCGUGAACGUGAAGGUUAUAAUGGCAACCAACAGGGCAGACACUCUUGAUCCUGCUCUCUUACGUCCUGGGAGACUCGAUCGUAAGAUUGAGUUCCCCCUUCCUGAUAGACGUCAAAAGAGGCUUGUAUGCACCUCCAAGAUGAACCUCAGCGAUGAGGUUGACUUGGAAGACUAUGUUUCACGGCCUGAUAAAAUUAGCGCUGCUGAGAUAGCAGCAAUCUGCCAGGAAGCUGGAAUGCAUGCGGUGCGUAAGAACAGAUAUGUGAUACUGCCUAAAGAUUUCGAGAAGGGUUACCGCUCAAAUGUGAAGAAGCCAGACACGGACUUUGAGUUUUACAAGUGAGGAGAAAGCAGAGAUGGAAAAUCAGAUUAUGCGUGUUGUUAAAAUUCCAGUGUUUUUUUCUUUUUUCGUGGACAUGGAUUUGCAGUUUAAAUGUAAACUAAGUUGCAUGUCUAAUUUAUGGAAGCUCAAGUUCACUUGUUGUUUGUGUUUAGUCUAUCAGCUUUUAUAGUUCAAUUUAUAAGAAAAACAGUGGCAGCUUAAUAUAUUAUCUAAGAUGCAUCUCUAAUUUGUGGAGCUCAAGUUUACGUGGUUGUGUUAAGUCUCCCAGCUUUU